AUGCUCUCUUCUUCUUCGCGUUGUUUUCAGAGCCUCUGUCAGACAGCUCGUUUCCUUUUACAGAUUAGAGUAAUGGAUUUUAUUGAACGACAAGCAGAAGAGUCGGACGGGGAAGAAUCAUCAUCAGCAGCAUCGUCGGAUAAUGAACAGCCAAAAGCCAAGAAAAGGAAGAUACAAAAGGAGAAGAAAAAGAGUAAACGUGUUGUGGAAAGCGAUGACGAGGACGAUGAGGAAGAAGAUGACGAAGAAGGUGCAGAAGAAAUGAAGGGUUUCAUCGCUGAUGAAGAGGAGGAAGAUGACGUUGAUGACGAUAAAUCUGAAAAGUCAGAGAAGCUGGAAGACGAAGAAGACGAAUUGGACGACGACGAUAUCGAUCUUAUUCAAGAAAACCUUGGAAACAGGAAAGAGAAGAAACAGCGUAUCAUCCAACCUGAUGAUUCGGAUGAAGACGUCGAUGAUCGUACAGCUAUACAAAAGAAACUUUUUGGAGAAAAUUUCCAACCGUUGCAGGGAGAUGACGGUGAGGGCCCUUCCAGUCCUCGAGAUGAACGCAGCGAUGAGGGUUCGGAAAGGGAUCAUUACUCAGACUCAGAGCAAAGCGGUCAGUUUACAUUUCCACUCGUUCUGUUUGGCAAAUGUUCAUCAGUGGAGAUGACUCCAACUCUACUGCUGCUAAUUGAUUGGUGUAAAACCUGGUUCAUUGAUAUGAUGUCCAUGAUGCAUAACACUUGA